GCUGGUGGCCAGGGUCGUAAAGCUGAACUUUAUAAAUAUCUCUCAUUGGGAUCAGGGGAAGAGCAUUAAAAAGGCAGAGAGAGAGAAAGGGAAAAAGAAGGCAAAGGAGCAAAGGCAAUAGAGAAGCAAAGCGAACAAGUCCAGCUCAACCAUCUAUGGCCAUGCAAGCACAGAAGAUGAGGUGUGCUUGGGGCAGGCUUUGCCUGCUUCUUUCCCUCCUCCUCCAGCUGCCAGGCUCCCAGGCCAAAUGCUACUUCCAGGCUAAAGCUCCCUGUGAGUAUGAAGGGAAACAGUUCUCCCUUGGGGAAUCGUGGCUGAGCACCAACUGCCUGCUCUGCACCUGCCUGCACCCCAUUGGCGUGGGCUGCUGUGAGACCACCCAGCACCCGAUCGACUUCCCUGACUGGUGCGAGGCCCACUACGACUCACAGACCUGCCAGAUUUCGGUAGUGCAGAAGGCCAACCCCAGCCUGCCGUGCGUGAAGAGUGUGGAGCACGAGUGGGGCUCGGCCAGCACUCCCGAGCCGCUGGUGAACAAGGUGCUGAGCACGGGGCUGGGCAGAUAA